AUGAAGAAAGAUAAGACGGCUCCUCCUUACUCAGUCAAUGUCUCUGUAAAUGCUCAGAAGCGUCUAAAAUUGGUAGACCAAAAGGAUAGUUAUCUGUUUAGUGAAAGUAAAAUGGUGAUUUUGAGAAUGAGAACUAAGGUUCAUAGCUGGCAAUGGGGAAACCCCUCCGGCAGCGAAAAGCCGAAAAUGGUGAAGUUGCGGAGAAAAAAGGCGCAGCCUUUCCUCCGUCAAAAUUGUUUUUCUCAGACCAAAGUCGCUCGUGAGCAAGUGGCAGGCAGAUAA